AUGGGAACCGUGCAAGCCUACUACGAACAGGUCAAGGUCUCCAACUGGCUCGAUGCCAUUUCUAGGGACAACGAAAGUAUCGACCCAAGGACACUCGAAGUCCAUCAGGUGGUCACAGCCCACCACAACACCCACUACCCGGACCAACCAUCUCGGUCCGAAAAACACCCAUCCCCCUGGUCAUCGCGCUGUUCCUCCACCGACCUACAAACUCAAGGUCCACUAAAGCUGGAGCACCAACCUUCAGCUGCGAGACUACUCGGAAAGUCUUCUCUUGGUCGGCUGUACGACCAAAUCAGCCAACACGAACCAAGACGGACAUUCACCGAGUUCCUGAUCGAAGAAGACACAAUCUCGUUGGCCACGACCGCGACUGACCCGGAGUACGAAAACUCUUUCCUCCCAUUCUGUGGAGCAUUGCCACCACAAUCCGGGGAAUCCUCUGCAUCCACCUCUACUUCCCCAUCACCCUCGACCUCUCCGCCUACCAACCAUGAGCCCCAGUGGUUGCCUCUUGUGGUUGCACAAGUUGUAUCGAGCAAAGCCCGCAAAGCAUAUCGGGUCUUGAAGAAGAAGUUUGGUACAUGA